GAGCACUUGACACAAUCGGCUAAUAAUAAUCUCCGCAAUUCAUGCGAACAAUUUCUGCUGUCAUUUGUCUCACAACUCAUACUAAUCACACAUUUAGAGCCGACGGAUGUAUUGAAUGUGAUUCCAGCCAUGAAUUUGCUGUUUGUUGCGGGAAGAGUGGCCUUUUGGGUCGGCUAUCCCGUGCACAGGGGAGUAGGCUUCACUCUAUCCCAUAAUAUGAAAGAUUAUUUCCUGGAUUACGACUACAAUGUUGUGGUACUAGACUGGGAGACUCCGGCCUCGGAUUCAAACUAUUUUAACGCCGCCUUUAAUUGUCAAAUAGUGGGCGCAAUGCUGUCAUACUUUGUGCGGACAUUGGUCUCAAUGGGCGUUAAUGUGGCGAACAUUCAUUUGGUGGGUCACAGUCUGGGCGCACAUAUCGUUGGCUUUUGCGGCAAAAACUUUACAAACCCUAAGAUCGGUCGCAUCUCUGGCUUAGAUCCGGCCGGUCCUGGCUUUUGGCGCAACGACUCCCGCACACGACUCGCCCCCACAGACGCCUCACUAGUGGUCGUCACUCACACCAGCGGUGGACUCAUUAAAUGGGAUGGGUCUCUCGCAGAUGUGUUGCAAAUGAGCGGUUAUGUGGGAAAUGUUGAGCCACUCGGACACUACGAUUUCCGGCCCAACGGAGGAACAGGACAACCCGGAUGCAAUCGCUCAGUCACUACAUUUAUCACCAAUCGAUUUAAAGGAAAGGCUAAUGAAUCGAGGAAUUGCAACCAUAAUAGGGCCACAGUAUUACCAAUUGCUGAUCGAGGGCUAAAAGAAGUGGACAGUUGUCAACUGAUUGCUUACGAAUGCGAUUCUUAUGACAAUUUUUAUUCGGGUAAAUGCGGUGAUUGCGGAACCGAUGGUCAUCGGUGUCGACCGCUUGAGUUCAAUCUGGAGUAUUGGCUCAACGAUGACAAUAUUAUCUAA